AUGCCUCUCAGGGCCCGCCAAACAGUGGCCAACGUGCUCGGCAUAAAACUUCAGGGUGAAGAUCCUUUCAAGGAACUCGAUAGGCCGGGGGCGUCAAUGAUGUCCGAUCGGACAGACCACACCUUUGUCGAGGAGCCACCUCUAGUUACCGACUACCUAAAGAGCCUCAUCCCGUCCGGCCAGGAACUUUACGAAUACUCCCUCUCGCUAUUCCCAUUCCUCUCCUGGAUUGGGCACUACAACCUACAAUGGCUCCUUGGAGAUCUCGUUGCUGGUAUCACCAUUGGCGCUGUUGUCGUUCCCCAAGGCAUGGCCUACGCCAAACUGGCUAACCUCGAGGUCCAAUUCGGCCUGUACUCUUCCUUCAUGGGCGUUUUGAUCUAUUGGUUCUUUGCAACCUCCAAGGAUAUCACUAUUGGUCCGGUUGCCGUCAUGUCGCAGCUUACCGGCGGCAUCGUUGCCGACCUGGCCGUUGCUCUACCUGACAUCGAGGGCCAUGUUAUCGCCUCCGCUCUUGCCAUCCUCGCCGGCUCCAUCGUCCUGUUUAUCGGCCUCAUCCGAUGCGGGUGGAUCGUCGAUCUCAUCUCGCUCACUGCCCUCUCAGCUUUCAUGACCGGCUCCGCCCUCAACAUUGUGGUCGGCCAGAUCCCUUCCAUGAUGGGCAUCACGGGCUUCUCGACUCGUGAAGCGCCCUACAUCGUCUUCAUCCAUACCCUCCAAGGCCUCCCCCGCACCACUCUGGAUGCCGCCAUGGGUCUCAGUGCUCUGGCGAUGCUUUACCUGAUCAGGGCAGGCUGCUCGUUCGCUGCGAAACGGUGGCCGCAGCACCAGCGUUUGGCUUUCUUCCUCUCGACGCUGAGGACCGUUUUUGUCAUCCUCCUAUACACCAUGAUCAGCUGGCUCGUCAACCGGGGCCUUCCCAAGGACCAGGUCAAAUUCAAGAUUCUGCUUGACGUCCCGAGAGGCUUCCAAAACGCAGCGGUCCCCGUGCUUAACCAGCGUAUCGCCAGCAACCUCGCGAGCUAUCUACCCGCCACUGUCAUCGUCCUGUUAAUCGAGCAUAUCGCCAUCUCCAAGUCGUUCGGCCGGGUGAACAACUACACUAUCAACCCCUCGCAGGAGAUGGUCGCUAUUGGUGUCACCAACAUGUUGGGCCCUUUCUUGGGCGGCUACGCUGCUACCGGCUCCUUCAGCCGUACCGCCAUCAAGUCGAAAGCCGGCGUCCGUUCUCCGUUUGCGGGUGUCAUCACGGCAGCUGUAGUCCUGCUCGCUAUCUACGCCCUGCCCGCCGUGUUCUACUACAUCCCGAACGCCUCCCUCGCCGCCGUCAUCAUCCAUGCCGUCGGUGACCUAAUCACCCCGCCGAACACCGUCUACCAGUUCUGGCUCGUCUCGCCGCUGGAGAACGGCAUCUACGCCACCGUUUGCCUCUCGGCCGCCAUGCUCCUCUACCGCAUCUUGAGGGCCAAGGGCCGCUUCUUGGGACGUGUGAGCGUGGCGUCCAUGCUGGACGACCACGUGGUUGGCGACGACUCGCGCCGGGGUGGCGAGUACGGAACGUUCACGGGCUCACCGGAGGCCCCCUUCCGCAACGUGUUUCUCCCGAUUACCCACGCCGACGGCUCGAACCCCGAGGUGGAGCUGGAUAACCCGUACCCGGGUAUCUUCAUCUACCGCUUCGCCGAGGGGUUCAACUACACCAACGCGAGCCACAGCCUGGCGUACAUGACGGAGUACAUCUUCGCCCACACCCGCCGCACCAACCUCGAGAGCUUCGAGCGGCCAGGCGACCGCCCCUGGAACGACCCGGGCCCGUCGCGGCGCAAGCUCAAGGCCGCCGCCGCCGCCGCCACGGGGUCCGCACCGAGCGAGGACGAUGGCGACAACGCCAACCGCCCCACCCUCAAGGCCAUCAUCCUCGACUUCAGCUCGGUCAAUCACGUCGACAUCACCUCCGUCCAACAACUGAUCGACGUGCGCAACCAGCUGGACCGGUACGCCGCCCCGGACACGGUCGACUGGCACAUCGCGUGCAUCAGCAACCGGUGGGCCAAGCGGGCGCUCGCGGCCGCCGGCUUCGGCUACCCGACCGCCCGCCCGGACGUGCCCCACCUGCGCUGGCGCAGCAUCUUCUCGGUCGCCGAGAUCGGCGGCGCCCAGAGCGCCGCCGCCGCCGCCGAGCUCGAGGACAACGAAAAACUCCUCGAGAACACCCUCCGCCGCCACCCGUCCUCCGCCGCCCGCUCCUACGCCACCAGCCGCCACCGCCAGCGCGCGCCCGACCUGGAAGCGGCAAUCCCGACGGAGGGGGGAAGUGGCGCGUCGGCCAAGGCGGAUGAUGAGGGUGCUGAUGGUGCUGAUGGUGCGGAUGGGGAUAGGGAGAGUGAUGGUGGUGCUGGUGCUAAUGGUGCUAAGGAUACGGCUGCUGGGGUGUUGGCGCCUGCGCCGGCGUUGCAUGCGGGUCGUACGGUGGCUGUCCAUGGGAUCAACCGCCCGCUGUUCCAUGUCGAUUUGACGAGUGCGUUGCAGAGUGCGGUGGCUAAUGUUGAGGCGCGGGGGGAGGUUGCUACGGGGCUAGAUGCGGGCGGAGCGGUGGCUGGGGCUGGGGCUGGUGCGGAUGGAGGCUCGGAUGCGAAGGCCGGUAGCGGGGAGGUGACGGAUUCGAGUGGCACGUUGCGGUGA